AUGGAAGAAGUAAUUCAAAUGCUAUUGCAAAAGGGACAUGGCCCUCCAAUACCUUCCCCUUCUUUCUACAAGACCACGAUGUGGGAAUUUGGUCCAACCCCACCACUUUCAACAGCACUCAAAAAUGAUAAAGCUGCAAGGGCCUAUCAAGCACCCAAGCAAAGCUCGCUUGCAAUGGUUGCACUUGCACACACUUGUUUUACACAAUCAUCAAACGAACAACAUCAAUUAUUUGGCACGAAAUAG